GGCUCCGCUUCCUCUGCUGAGCCCAGCCCUAGACUCCAAACCUUGGCACUGCAGAUAAGGCUAUGGGCAUGUCCACAGAGGAGGAGGAUUCCACCGGCCCCAAAGAGGAGGAAUGGCCGGAAGUGGAAAAAGCUGAAAAAUUAGCAAGAGGCGCUGCCUUAAAAUGGGCAUCGGGGGUCUUUUAUCGGCCAGAGCAACUGGAGGGUCUGGGGCUUUAUCGGAUCCGGGAGCUGCAGCGCAACAAUUCCAUCCAGUCCCGUAUAAAGUCUACCAUGCAGUCCUACCUGGACGGGAUGAGCACCGGCUUGGAGCAGCUCCAUUCAGCCCUGGCAGACAUUCAUCAUGUGAGGCGAGCGCUGGAAAGGGUGCAGCAGGAACUGGCAAGCAGCACAGACCUCUUCCAGAGCCUGCAGCUGCUACGGGAACUGGCGCUGGAACGGGCCCAGCUACAUUCGGUUGUCAGCACACUGCCCAGGCUUUUCUCAGUUCACGAACUCCUUUCUGAGAGCUUCAGCCUCUUGCAAUGUCAACGUAUCCUAGAAGCCCAUGUGGGGCUCAUGGACCUGGAGAGCUUGCGGGACGGCAUCCUGUCCCAGCUGCAGGACCACAACCUGCUCAGCCCUUCAUACCUGGCCAGCAUAGAGUCCUACUUCAGGGGCCUCCAGGAACUGAACGAGGCCCUGGCUCAGCAUCUGUGGCACAUUGUGGCCCACGGGAUGAGGCUGAUGUUUGAGGACCCGUCUCUCUUCGUUUCUGCUGUGCGCAUUAUCGAGCGGGAGGAGGGCAUCGAUAUGGCCCUGCUGCAGAGAUCCCAGGUGCCUGGUUUCCUCUCGCCGGGACGGCCAAAGGGCUGGCGGCAGAAGUUCUUCCAGGUCAUCCAGGACACCAUAGUGGCCGCCCACUUCCAGACUGUGCCCAGUGAGGCCCAGGGUCGGUCCAUCUCCAGGUACUUGGCUUCCUUGCAGAGCAACAUCCUGGCUGAGCUGUGCAUUGUGAAAGACCUGAUGGCCCAAUGCUGCCCGCCCCACUACAACAUAAUCUCAACCUUUGCUGCCAUGUAUCACCAGCACCUCACCCACCACCUCCACCAAAUCCUCACUCAGGACCUGGACAAGCAGGAUAUCUUUGCCAUCCUCCACUGGGCGCUCCGUGUCUACCCUAGUGCAGAAAUGAUGGCGCACCCAAGCCUUCUUCCUGAAGUGGAUGUGUCAACCUUGGGGACCUUGCUUGCUGCAGAUACAGUAGAUUACCUGGAAGAGACGUAUGUCAUUAAAGUGCAGGCCAGCAUUGCUGAAUGGAUGCAGAAGACCCUGGAGAUGGAGUUCAAAGAGUGGUUCAGCGAAACCGAGCCAGAGUCAGACUACCAAGGCUGCUUCCAGACGACUCUGCCCAUCAUUGUCAUGAAGAUGCUGGACGAGAACAUCCGAGUGGCCUCCCUCAUCUCGGACGCACUCCUGCAGAAGGUGUGCAGCAUGGCUCUGGCAGAGUUGGAGGCCUUUCUGGGCAGCCUGAUUGAGGCCCUGGCAGAAUUCGACAGAGGACAUCAACAAGAGCCCGCUGUAUCCAAGUGCUACGCCCCGUACUUGCUGUCAACCAUCAACAACUGUCUUGCUCUCAGCACUUCGAUCUCAACCCUCUGUACAGAAGGGGCGUCCCUCUCAGAGCCCUGCAGGAUGCCGUCGUCACUGAACGCUGCCCUGGAGAAGGCCCAGAAGAAGGCAUGCCGGCUGUUACUGGAUGAGAUGUUAGACGAUCUUCAGCCACUGUUUGCACAGCUGCCCUCCCGUCAAUGGCUGUCUGACCCCCAGAUGAUGUGUAACGUAUGUGAGGUGAUCGACACCCAUGUGAAAGGUUUCUGCAGGGCUCGCAAACCUUUCAGCGCGAAUCUCCUCUCCGAUUCUGAGCACUUGGUGAUGAGCCAGUACGUGAAGGCGCUGCUGCAGAAGAAAAUCGUGUGCCGGAACGCAGAAGAGAGGAACCAGAUGGGCAGGCGGAUGUUGCAGGACACCUCUCAGCUGCAGGAGCUCUUCUGCACCCUGGGCUUGAAGGAGAGCGAUCAGACCCUCAAAGUGAUUGCUGAUCUACAGGAGCUGAUCAGCCUCAAGGAUCCCACCAUGCUUGGCUUGGAAGUGCUGGGAUUUGUGACAAAAUAUCCCGAUGUCAGUGACGACCACAUUUCCAUGCUCCUAGAAGUGCGGGGCGACGUCUCCAAAGAAACUCGCAACAACGUGCUGGAGAUAAUGGCGCAGAAUCUGCAAGUCCUGCCAGAGAACUACGAGCCUAUCUUCAGUAACAUUCUGGUUCCUGCUCCGGAGCUGCCCUUCUGCCUUGGCAAGCCUAAGUGUGCCUGA